AUGGAGGCACUUCUUAAAUCGAAUCCAGUUGAACUCUUACAUCAGAUCCAAUCUGUAGGAUACAUACAAGUUAUUCUGAUUUUUCCCUAUCUUACAACUGCUCACAUUCUCGGGUUGCAAGUCACUACCUGGGACUUAGAAAAGAAAAAGUGGACCAUUGUGACUGUCCUCUUUGUGAUUAACUAUCAUGCAAUACCGAAUCUGUUAAAAAUUGUCAUUUUGGUGGUCAUCGCAUUUACUGCUGAAAUCCUCGCAAUGCUAGUAAUUGACUUCUUAUAUUUGCGCCACAUCAUUAUGGGCAUUGAACCCCUCCCUGGUGUCCACAUGUGCAUAUCAUAUCCCACGAAUUGGUAUUUUGUGUCCUGGAUUCCAAUAUUUGGUUAUGAACUCUUGAUCCUCAUACUUGGAAUACGAGCUGGAAUAUUAUUCUUCAAGGAAGCAAGAAUGCUCCCCUCAAAUUUUGGAAAACAGUCACUACGUUCCAUUCUGCUGCGUGACAGCAUAUUGUAUCCUAUCAUGCGUCUCCAAUGUCUUGGGCUGGUCAAAGUCGAUGAGGUCUACCACACUGGUCGCAGCUGUCUUGGUCCAAUUAUUCUCGAGAGUUUUAGGCAGUCGUCUCAUUCUCAACCUUCGGGAAGCAUAUUAUCUUCCUUUCCAGGAAGAGUGCAGCCUAAAUGGACGGCUGCCAACUCUCAUUUUUAA